GACUAAAUUGACAAGUGACACGUAGUUUCGACGUUGGCUACAGCAUUUUAACAGUUGAAAACACAUCACACAAAGAAAUAGAACAACGUACAGUGGUUUAAAAAAAUGGCGGGAAACAGUCCACAUUGGUCCGAGUGGUGGAUAACAACAUCGAGUUUAGAACCCCUGUGGAGGAAUCAACCAACAUACAUUAUAUCUCAGGCAGUCUAUAUUUUUGCUGGCAUCGUAACACUAUUACAUGCAUUCAGGAAAGGUGGUCGUUGGCCCUAUUUCUGGCUGGCAACCGUUCUACACGGCUUGUAUGCUGAUAAUUUCUGGCACUUCGUCUUACCAGAAUAUGACAACUUCUGGCAUUCGCAAACGUCUAUAAUCUUUUUGGGCGGGAGACUACCUCUGCACAUCAUACUUUUAUACCCAGCAUUCAUAUAUCAUGCUGCAUAUGCAGUCAGCCGGUUGAACUUGCCCAAAUACGCUGAACCCUUUGCUGUCGGACUUCUCACCGUGCUGGUCGACAUACCGUAUGAUAUAGUAGCCGUUAAGUUCGUGCACUGGACAUGGCAUGACACAGACCCCAACAUAUACGAUCGCCACUACUGGGUUCCUUGGAACUCUUAUUAUUUCCACUCCACCUUUGCCGCGAGUUUGUACUUCUUUUUCAUCAGCAGCAGAAAAUGGCUGUCGCCUAAAACACCCCAAUGGCAAGCCGCUUCGAAGUGUGUGGAAUGGAAAUCUCUAAUCAUCGCAACAGUUUUGGGCAUGCCUGGUGGAGUUCUGCUCUUCAUUCCGAUUUACCACCCGCUACAUGACAACCUGAAGAUACAUUCCGAAGUCACUUUCUUCCUACUGUUCUCUGUUUUCGCUAUAUUCAUUAUCAACGGAAUACUCAGUGAUAGAGAAAAGUGUAAAGAGCAGCUUACAGCAAUCGACUACGUACUGAUACUUCAGUUAGCUAUCCACUACGUAACAUAUUGGGUUUUCGUCGUGUUCUUCAACCCUGCCAAGGAGAUCUCUGUGGGUCUGCACGAGCCCGUUGGCCCAUGCAACGAAGUAGCCUCCCUAAUAACGCCGUUCGGACAGACACUAAACAAAAGAAAAUAUUUUUGUCCCGAUAAUUACGACGAGGGGUAUUUUGAUUUCCACUGCGUCGGCGGUACAAAGCCACAGAACGGUGCUACGUGGUACGUGAUAUGUGGGACACCUUUCGAAAAUCGGGCGGAAUACAUAGCUGUAAUCUCCGCUAUACUUGUGCUCGCGGCUGGAAUUUUCGGCGGUAUAUAUUUCAAGAAUACGCAAGCAACUCCACCUGCCGCUAAGAAGCUUAAAUAUAAAUGAUGAAUACCAGACAACACAUGUUUGGAUUGUUAUAUUUUUAAUAGUGUUUGAUUUUUUAAGACUUGUUUGAUGAUUAACGCUAAAUUAAUAUACCUGGAUAUCUAUUUUA